GACACGGAGCAGCUGGUCAUCUCGUCACCGCAGCGGUACGAAACAUUAAAAACUAAAACAACGACUGAAACACGUCUUUCUCUCCGUGUAACUCUGCUGGAAAUAUAUUUCUGUAAACUUCACGUCGUUUGGAACUAUAACCGAAGACAGGUGCGGGAGGUUUGUACUCCUCGGGACGCUGAGCACGAGCACGAAAAUAACUUUUUUUUCUUCUUCUUCUUUGAGGGGAUAGUUUUUCUUCCCGAGUUGCUAGCAAAACAGAGAACGAAGCAGCCUACAACUCGUUUUAAGUCCUCGUAAUGUUGUUUUAUUCCGCCUCGUGGAGCUGCUGACGGUGAGACACCAGAGAAGCCGCGGCUCGGUGGCCACCUGACCUGCUGGAAAAUUAGACCUUAGCUAAUGACAGCAGGCUGGAUCUUACUGCUGCUCAUUACUAAGCUCUGCGAGGAGCGGGACGGGGUUUCCGAGAAGCUGUUGCAUGUCCAGUCCUGACGCAGGUGAAGUUUUCAGAAUCCAAUUAAUGAUUUAUAAAUUAUGGUAAGUGCUAAUUAAUUUGUGUCAGCUGUGAAAUUUAAUUAGCUGGACUAAAUUGCCCGUAGAAGUUGCCCAUUUCAUCGCCUCACUUAGCAAAUCGCUAUUAAUCAGCGGAUCAUCUGUCAGAGGCGGGCAGCAUGGAUAUGACCCGACUGCCCGUCCUCCAGCGGUCGUGAUGCCAAGCGCCGGUGUAACCCCGCGCUGCGAGCCCGUAAUGCGUGCUCUCUAACCCGCACCAGUGUGGCGCCGUGUCCCGGUCAGCCCGCCAGGAUGAGCAGCACCGACCUGGAGCGCAUGUCGCUCAGUUCCUCCGCCAACUCGGUGGCUUCCAGCGCCCGGACGCUGUCAGCCAACGUGAGGAAGCUGCACAACGCGCUCAACCUCCUGCUCAACGACUUUGAGAGGGAGCAGUUCAUACACUGCCUCAACGUGUACCACUCCAAACGCAACGUGUACGACCUGGUCCAGACUCUCAACGUUAUCCUCAACGCGCCCAGCAAGCGGCAACUUCUGCCCAUGCUGCGGUUGGUCAUCCCCCGCUCCGACCAGCUCCUCUUCGAGCAGUACACCUCGGAGGGCCUCUACUUAAAAUCGGAUUUAGUUGCGAGCAAUGGCAAUGCCGAACCCCCACCGGGCGACUUCCCCAGUGCCAGCCCUAUUCCCCCGGGGCAUUUCUCACCAAACAACCCGCCUGAGUUUCAGGUGGCGUUGCGUGGCUCGCCGGACAGCUUCAGCACCAGCAGCGAAGGGACAGCUCCCCUGGUGCCUCUGCUCGGGAGGAACUUUGUCCACGAGCCGCCGGGAGAGAUCCGGCAGGUCACCAUGAAGAGACACAAGAGCAACGAAGGCCUGGGCUUCAGCAUCCGUGGAGGCUCGGAGCACGGGGUCGGGAUCUACGUGUCCCUGGUGGAGCCGGGGAGCCUGGCAGAGAAAGAGGGUCUUCGAAUCGGUGACCAGAUCAUGAAAGUCAACGACAAAGUCUUCGACAAAGUCACCCAUGCUGAAGCUGUAAAGGUGCUGAAGGGGAAUAAAAAGCUCAGCCUCUCCGUGCGAUCAGUCGGGCGGAUUCCGGGCGGCUACGUCACCAACCACGUUUAUACCUGGGUGGACCCCCAGGGCCGGAGUGUGUCCCCUCCUCCUGACCUGACGGAGCAUCGGAGCGCCACCCUGAGGAGAACGGACAGCCAGCGGCGCAGCAACAUGCAGCUCCUGCAGGAUGGGGACGAGAAGAAGGUCAACUUGGUGUUGGACGACGGCCGGUCUCUGGGUCUAAUGAUCCGGGGGGGAGCAGAAUAUGCACUGGGUAUUUACAUCACGGGCGUGGACCAGGGAUCAGCAGCAGAGUGUGGAGGACUCAAGUCUCUGCACGGACCACUUUGCUCAGCCCCCCCUACCAUGCCUACGUGUUCCCUCCCUUCCCUGCAGGUCGGAGAUCAGAUCUUGGAGGUGAACGGGCGCAGCUUCCUGAGCAUCCCGCACGACGAGGCCGUCAGGGUCCUGAAGUCGUCACGGCACCUGAUGAUGACGGUGAAGGACGUGGGACGCUUGCCGCACGCCAGGACGGUGGUGGGGGAGACCAAGUGGAUCGCCAGCUCGCAGAUCGGAGAGUGCUCGGCCAACAGCAGCAUGGCAGGCUUCUCGGUGGACAAAGGAGCCUCGGCAGCCGGAAAGCCUGGUUUUUAUAAAGGCGUGGCCGGCUCACAGGUGACCCUCUCCAGCCUGGUGAACCAGACGCGGGCCAUGCUGGAGGAGCAGGCGCGCCACCUGCUGACGGAGGUGGAGCGGCAGACCAUGGGCUACUACGUGGAGGAGUACAGGGAAGGGCACAUCGGGGUGGAGCAGCUGGUCGUGGCGCUGUUCGAGCUGCUCAACACGCAUGCCAAGUUCUCUCUGCUGUCUGAAGUGCGAGGCCUGGUCACCCCUCAGGACCUGGAGCACUUUGACGCGCUGGUGCUGAGACGAGAAAUUCAGGCUCUUAAAGCUCGACAGGGGCCAGCCGGAGCCACGGCACUGCAGCAAGACUCCCUGUCCAUGGUGUCGUACCCAGACACUCUGACCUCAUCUUCAGCCAGCUUCAUGACCAACACCACCCUCAGCUCUGCACGGGAAAGGCUGCUCUGGCUGAUAGAUAUGAUGGAGAACGACAGCGCGGUGGAUAGUAAUAAGGCGGGUCCCCCGGAGAGCCUCAACACGCUUCUGGCCGACAUCUCUCUGGACGACGUACAGUCCACCACAGCUGAAUCCCCCCCCUCCUUCAAGCCUCCGCCCCCACCAGGGGUGCAGAGGCGGCCAACUAGACGAGAUCCGGUCAACAAAUGCCCCUCGUCCGAAUCCUCCCACUCAGGCCUGUACUUCACAGCCCCGUCCUCUCACCAGCACAGCAGAGAGCCAGGACACGCCCCCGCCUCACCCUCACUGCACCACAAACGGGAGCACCCCAAGGACCCGCCCCGGGACUACGCAGUCGUUAAAAAGAGAGAACCCACGGUACCUUCCAGGAAGGAACAGAUAGCUGCUGCUCAGUUGUCUAAGGUCACACAGCAUAACAUUGGCCCUUUCCCCAGGGUCUUGUCCCCCAGCAGGGGCACCAAACCCGCCGCCCCGUCCCCUUCACCUCCACCUCCACCUCCACUCCCAGCACCUCCGCCACCCCCUUUUCUCCCUUUUAAACCAGUGUCCAUGUCCAAAGCCUCCCCUUCCUCUCCGUGCUCGAAGCAGCAGUUUGUCACGGUGGAGGUUCACAGGCCAAACGCUGAGCCCGACGUCAACGAGGUGCGGCCGCUGCCCCAAACCAGAGGUGGCGCUCUGUCUCAGCUGUCGGACAGCGGCCAGACCCUCAGUGAGGACAGCGGGGUGGACAUAGCUGAGUCAGGACACAUCUGCAAGGACAGCAAAACCCACUCCUCACACACACGCCACCCCCGAGACACCCAGGGGGGCGGGGGGGACCACCCUUCCAAACCGCCGGGGCUGCUGGAGCCCACCUCCACGCUGGUGAGGGUGGCAAAGAGCGCCAGCACUCUGGGGAUCGCCAUUGAAGGCGGAGCCAACACGCGCCAGCCGAUGCCACGCAUUGUCACAAUACAGAGAGGAGGUUCAGCUCACAACUGCGGCCAGCUGAAGGUGGGUCAGGUGAUCCUGGAGGUAAACGGGGCCACCAUGAGGGGCCGCGAGCACAGGGACGCCGCACGCCUCAUCGCAGAGGCCUUCAAGACCAAAGAGAGGGACUACGUGGACUUCCUGGUGACGGAUUUUAACGUGGCGCUAUAGCUGAGUGGUGGAGGAGGAGGGCGGCACCGAGAAAAGGAGACGGGAAGAAAUGUUCUAUUGUUUUAAAUGGCACAACUCUUUUAAGCAGACACCAAGGAACCGACUGAUCUCUGAGCCCUUCAGUCUGGUUACGUGAUUUUUCAUUUUUCAAUUCCUCCGCCGUGGACUUCAGGAUUCUCCUCAACGUGUUACCUCCCCACUGUGAGACCUUAUGCACUAAAACGGAAAGUAGUGAACCCUUUUUCUUUUAUCUCCGUGUGAAAACUUGUGGAUUUUACAACCGUUGAAACCUACCGGGACUUCUUGUAGCAAUCCCUCGCCCUAUGUUCAUUUUAUUAUUAUCAUUAUUAUUUAUUUGAUCCCUUCUACCCCAGAGACAACCGCACAUCUAAGACUGAUCCACACUCGACUUUACAAGCCUGGGUUUGUAAAUGUAAAAAUGAACAAAUGUAGAUACAGAUGCCUAUAUAUAUACUGUACACUUAAAGAUACUCCUAUAUGAAUUAUAAACCCGUAACCUCCGGUGCGUCAUCAGCAUAUAGUGAUAUAUUUAAAGAUGAUGAUGAGUCAGGCCAUCCUGCUGACCCUACAUAUUUUCUAGUGAUGCUACCUGCCUGUCUGCAUAUAAACACCCUUUCACAAUAAGACAAAUUAUAUGUCACGCUAACAGAAAUACACAUUACAUGCUUUAAUCAGACUUAAAAGGACAUGUAUGAGGGAGGGGCUCUUCCUGUUUUGUUCCACUUCCUCCAUGUUUAUCUGUAUUUUUUCAAACCAUGUCAACACUUAAACGGCUGAAUUAUUAAUUCUGUGAAAGCAACAUAAACAAUCAAGGCUUCAUUUUUUUGUACUUUACUGGCAAACGAGGCAGUUCUGACUCCUGAACUGUUGCCACGUUUCCUCGUACACACUUACACACAAGGUUGUUCAGAGUCAUUUACUCCACGCAGCAAUUUGGAAAAGCUUAGUUUUCAUUUUUCCCAAAACGCUGCGUCUGAGAUUUAUUCUCACACAUUUAUGAAUAAAACCCCUCCGUUUGUUCCCUCAGCUUUGCUCCUGCUACUCUGAAUAACAAUUGCUAAUGUUUCUUUUGUUUUUUACAUAGUUUUAAUUAUAUUCACCCUGGUGGGGGGGGGGGGCUUGCUGCAGCCAUGCUCAUUGAAGCAAUUAAGCCCAAGAGGGGGGAGUGAUGAGACAUUUAGAGGACGACGACACUGCCAAAGAUUUGAGUAGCACUCCUCUAGACAUGUUCACACACACACAUUUCAUCCGCUCAUAGGAAAGCAAUUAGGAGAUAAGCAAUCAGUUUGAGGGAGAGACCGAGAGGGAGAGAGAGUACAAGAGAGGCAAAAGUAACAUGCGAGACGUGAUUGUUGUCGUGAUGAUUUCCCUUCCUCUCAGGAAGAGUGCAGGCGUGGAGAGGAUGCAGAGCAAACAUCCUCCCGUGUGUCACUCCAGAGUGGCAUCAGGCUGCAGGUGUGAACAUGAAGUUGUUAGAAUAAUUCAUCUUAAGUGUUCUGAGCGUGUGUGUGUGUGUGUGUGUGUGUGUGUGUGUGUGUGUGUGUGUGUGUGUGUGUGUAUGUGUGUGUGUGUGUGUGUGUGUGUGUGUGUGUGUGUGUGUGUGUGUGUGUGUGUGUGUGUGUGUGUGUGUGUGUGUGUGUGUGUGUGUGUGUGUGUGUGUGUGUGUGUGUGUG